GACGCCCGACGGCGACGCGAUGUGGCGCAGACUCUACCUACUGCUGGUGCUGCUCAGGUUGUACUUUGCCCUGCAGCCGAGCUACAUCCAUCCCGAUGAACACUUCCAAGGGCCUGAGAUCAUUGCCGGCGAGGUCUUCGGGUACCCCAUCUACAAGACAUGGGAGUUCACCUCAUCCUACCCCAUAAGAAGCAUAUUCCCCUUCUGGCUCGUCUAUGGCUGGCCUCUGACGGUAUUGAAAUGGAUCUGGGAAGGGCUUGGCUAUGGCCCAGUGCCGCCGAGCGUAGCAUUCUACACUUUACGCUGUCUCAUGUUUCUCAUGAGCUUCAUCCUCGGCGAUUGGGCCAUCCAUGAACUUGUGCCAAUCCCGAACGAGCGACGGAGGGCAAUAAUGCUUGUGGCCUCAUCAUACGUGACCUGGACUCUACAGACCCACACAUUCUCGAACAGUAUCGAGACGAUCGCUGUCCUCUGGUCUCUGGUUUUGAUUCGUCGACUCUCAAACGAUCCCGAACAGCUGCUCGUACAGCCGUGCGCUGGCCUCGCGUUUCUUGCAGUGGUCGGCGUCUUCAAUCGCAUUACAUUCCCGGCAUACCUCCUGUUACCUCUGCUCCAACUCCUGCCUAGCCUGCUGAAACGCCCUCUCCGUAUCCCAGUCAUGCUAUUUAGUGGACUGGCUACCAUGGCGAUUGCUAUCACAAUGGACACCGAAUUCUACCAAGGCUAUCGACCUCAUGUCAGAGAUCUCUUGAAGACCGCCGUCUUCACACCGUGGAACAAUUUGACUUACAAUACUGACGUCGCAAAUCUCUCCCAGCACGGUCUUCAUCCUUUCUGGCAGCACUUUGUCGCCAAUCUCCCGCAACUCAUAGGGCCGGCCAUUCCCUUGCUGUUCCUCUGGAGUAGGAAGGACAUUCUCCUGUGGUCAGCAGUGUCCGGAACUAUAGCUUUGUCCCUGUUUCCACACCAAGAACCUCGAUUCCUUCUGCCGGCUGUUCCUCUCCUGCUUGCUACCACUGCCUUGCCUCCACGUGGAGCUCGCUACUGGGUAGCAAUAUGGAUAUUCUUCAAUGCCCUGGCAGCUGUUCUCUUUGGACAGUACCAUCAAGGCGGCGUUGUGCCGGCGCAGAACUGGAUCGCGCAGCAGGAGGCUGUGAGUCAAGCAUUCUGGUGGAAAACAUACAGCCCGCCAAGAUGGCUUCUUGAUGGCCGCAACCACUACAUGGAGACCUUGGACUUGAUGGGAAUGUCCGGGGACAAGAUGAUUGCGCAGCUCAAGCAAAGUGCUCAUUGCGAAAGCGCGGCCAACAAGACGCUUCUGGUGGCGCCAGACAGCGCAACCUUUUUGGACGCGCACACGUGGCCUUCGUCAGAAAGCAAAGAUCUCACCUUCCUCAAGAUGUGGCAAUAUAGGAAACAUAUUGGUCUGGACGAUCUUGAUUUUGGAGGCGAUGGUGUGAAGCCUACAUUGCAGCGAGUGGUGGGCAGAAGAGGUUUGGUAGUAUGGCAAGUCAGUAGGAAGUGCUAAUGCUACUCAAUAAUAGCAACGAAGAAUAUCUCG